AUGAAAUUAAUUAUCUCAUUAUUAAUUCUCAUUUGUACAUUAAAAUUAUCAUUUGGAUGUGAAGGUGACUUCAAUCCAACCACUGCCAAUAUUGGUCAAUGUUCAGCAAGUCAAACCGUUGGUUGGGUACCAGCUGCACCAGAGUAUGGAACUGAGACAUUAAAAGUUUGGACUCCAGAAGAAUUAAGCCCAGAAGAAAGAGAUAUGCAUGAACAUCGUAUGGCCUACAUUUUAGCAAUCUCAAAACAAACCAGAAGAAAAUUUGUCACCUCCAUCUAUGCUCAAAAUGGUACUCUUUUAUGCCAUGGUGUUAAUACUGGUAAACCAAAUUUAAUGACUCAUGGUGAAGUUGCUGCAAUUAACAAUUGUACAUCAUUAUAUAACAUAAGUUCAUACACUAAUAUGACUCUCUACACAACUGGUGAACCCUGCGCGAUGUGCUUAAUUGUUGUUUGGGGUACUUGGAAUUCUGAUCUUAUGUGUAAAGUUUGUAUGGGUCAAAUUCCAAUGGAUUCAAACUAUAUUUUCUCACGUUACUAUGGUGUUAGAGCAACUCCACCAACUUUAAUUGGUGGUAUUCUUCGUAAUGAAACUGAUGCUUGGUUCACACCAUAUUGUAAUAACCCAGCUUCACCAUACUAUGUUAAACCAAAAUGUGCAUGUUACAACUCAACUUCACCAUUGGUAAUUAAUCAAGUCUCUUCCUCUACUUGGUAUGAAGGCCCAAACAACACCAAAUACAGUCAAUUCGAUGGUAAAAUCUUAAACAAUGCUAAUUACGCUGUUAACAAUCCAACUUUCACAUCCUCACCAUCAGGUGUUAAACCACGUACUAUUUGGGGUUUAAAGAAUGAAGGUGGUGAUAUUUGGUCAUUAUCAUAUUACCCAGUCAUUAGCGGAAAUGGUGGAGCUUUCCCAUUUGGUUAUAUUAGCACUCAAGAAAUUACCUUUAAAGCUAAUUAA